AUGGAUCUCUUCUCGAUAGCUUCCAAUCUGCAGCAAAUAGCCAUUGGGGGGGUGAACUUUGUAAAUAGCAAACUAAGAAAGAAAAGCGCAACUGCAGAAUGUAACUACAUCACAUACAUUGUUAUAGGCGAAAAUGAAAAGCAGCCAUACGACACGAACAUAUUUUUUCUGCCAUUUAAAAUCUGCGGAAAAAUAAAACUAGAAGAGUUUAAAGAGUUUUUCCCCUUUAAGGACAACGUAAUAUUUCGCUUUAAAAUCCCCGUGUCAGAUUUAAUUGACGUUAUCAACGAGGGUAUAGUAAACCACGCGCCUUUGAUGAGAGAAGACUCAAAUGAGCGAAACCAAGUGAAGCAUAUAAUUUCCGACGAAAAUGAAAUAAAAAAUAUAUUAAGACAAGAUCAGUUCAGUCACCUAUGGGUAGACAUAACCAGCGAAGAGGCCUACAUCCCAUUCUACAAUGGAAACAUUGUUGUAAAGGUGUUAUUUAUUAAUAAUGAAAAUUAUAGGGAGUACACCGAUAUUUAUUUUAAAAACUUCCGGUACUGUGAAUCUGCCCGCCCGGUCUACACCCUGAAUGAUACAAACCCGUGUUCCUACCCUGUAGUGGGGGAAGAAGAAAAGGACAAAAGGAAUAGCACAGAUGGUGAUGAUGAUGAGGAGGAGAAAGGAAAAGACGAGCAUUUUGGCGAACACGUGAGGGAAGCAUCGCCUCGUGCCAAUUUUACAAAUCGGGGCCCCUCCAAUCAUAGGGACAACCUCCCCAGUAGCAACAGUAACAGUGAACACACACAUCAGGUGGAGGGCGACUCGGAAAAGUUUACUCAUAAACAGUAUGCCCAUAAACAGUAUGUCCGAAACGACCCUCCCAGUGAAGCGACGUACAAAAAGGGGUACCCCCCGGAGAGGCCCCAACAGAAGCAGUACCAAAAUAUGGCUAGCAGCAAGAGGGAAGAUGGCACUUUUUUUCAAAGCGUUAAAAAGGAACCAAGUAAGAACAAAUCGAGUGAAGACAUUUUGGAAAAGAACAGUUACAGUGCCGCCUCGAAAUUGUUACUACCCAGCAGAAGUAAUGCCCAGGGGGGGUAUGAAGACAUGUCCACGGGAAGCGCGAACAACGGACAGAGUAGCGGCGGUUUUAAUAGCCCCGAUAGGGACAAACAGGAACGGCGAGAUGCCAUCAAAACGAACGUCAGUAACCGACUGCAGGAACUAAAAGAAUUCCGGAGCCAGGAAGAAGCGAAAUUUAAAGAGAAGGUGGUCCUUUCUGAACAUAUUAAAAAACAAAUCGUCAAAUGGUCCAAAAAUUCGGAUGACUCUUACAAAGAUGUGAAGGUCAUGCUGAGCACGUUAAGUGACGUCUUGUGGGAGGAUUCCGAAUGGAGGCAAGUGCCCAUGUCCGAGUUAAUAUCCAAUUCGGCCACGGUCAAGAAGGCGUACAAGAGUGCCAUUCUUCUCUGCCACCCGGACAAGCACAGGGGCAAGCCGGUGGAGCGCGUGCGGUAG